CCUGCCGCCUUGCUGCCAGCCUUCCCCUCUCCAUGUUUGGAGAUAUCAGAAUGUUAACAACUCUCUGUGCUCUAGCCCAGCUGGAUGUGGUGCUGGACUACCUGUCGUAUUGCUCCAGCUUCAGUGCAGGUCCAGUCUCAGCCCUCCUGUGCCCUGGGUUGUCCAUUGGGUGAGCCGGAGGUGUUCCGACCAGCUCUAGUUAGCAAACAGCAGCCCGCAGAUUGCCUGCAUGCUGAGCUGGUGAUUAGGACGAGUUUAAAGUCUAGGCAGAUGGACCUUGCACAGAGCUGGGCCGUGCCUGCUUUGCAGAUGGUGGACACUAAAAGGUGGAGAGAAGCUUCCAGUUCCAUCUCCAGCACAGAGGAGGAGCAGAGUGCAUGGCCACGGGGCUGGGGCACUCAGUGGCCUUGGGGCUGUCUCCUCGUGCAGCUUCCCGGAGCUGCAAACAGACCUUCCUCUCUGCUGCCCAGGGAAGAGGGACCGAUGCUCAUCCUAACUUCAUGCUGCAUCAGAGAUGUAGAACUUCCUACCGAGUUUUCUGUCCGCGUUUCUUUUGUUUUGUUUUUUGUUUUGUUUUUGUUUUUGUUGUUUUUCCUUUUUUUUUUUUUUUAAAGCAGUUUGUUAAUAUUCAUUAAAGAAGUACUGUAUAGUUUAACUUGAUGUCAUAGCAGAUCUUUUAAACAAAAACGCGCCGUGUCCCUGCGCUCACACAGGGAUUAGGGGCGCUGGGAAAUGCCGCUGGUGCCGCAGGGCAGGAGGUAAACGGAUCAAGCAGCAAUUGGCAGGCUCAGCAAGGGGAGGCUUAACCCAGCCCAGCGCAGAUUUGUUGCCUCCUGCCCCAGAUCCUUCAGGCCAGCACCGAGCGCAGCAGGACGGGUGCCUCACACUUGGGGUUCCUCCUUACACCGCACCCGGAGGGCGGCCAGGACCCAGCAGCGCUGCUCGUGCCCCCACGGUAAGUGCCUGGGGCUGACCUGUGGCUGCUGGGCUUUCUAGGAUGUUCUCAGCUGCUCUGUUUUGGGGUCUUCUAGCUCUGAAGUCGGGCUGGCAGCCGGGAGGUGGGCAGUAGGAGAUGGUUGGUAUGGGUAAUCCCAUUUGCAGGCAGCAUGGUGCUAAUGUCUGGGAAGGUGGGGUGGGCUUGGGAUCAGCAGGAGCAUCUAUGUCAUGGGGUGUCCUGGGGUGUCCUGGGGCACGGGGUCAUGGGGUGAGUGAGCUGCAGGCAUUGUCCCUGGGCUGCUUGCAGGAGCUGCAAGUGUUCCAAAGCGUGGGAAUGGCAGUGUGCUGCACGGUGUUCCUUGCUGUCCCUUUUGUCCCCUGGAUAAUGUCUCUAUUUGCAGCUCCUUAAUCCCUUAUAUCCAUGGGGGGUGAAAGGCAAUUUCUUAGUUGGUUUCUGGUCAUCAGGCCCCUGGUGUGGGGUUUACCAGCACUCAGGCAAGAAGAUAGAGGCCCGAAUGGGAUGGGAAUUUAGGGCAGAGUGAUGCUCUUUGGAGAGGGAACAUCAGGAGAUAUCCUCAGUAUGAGCCAUCAGAUGUCCUCACUCAGCUGCCACCAGGUCACUGUGCCACAGCAAGCGGGGUGAGAAAGGGACGGAGAAGUACAGUGUUUGCUGAGCACAUGAGCUUAAAUGAAGCAGGGAGGGUGGCUCAUGGCAGGGGUGAGGCGUGGGGCUGAGCCGGCCUCGGUCUGGCUGUGCCCAAGCAGGAACAAGGAGGAAGGAAGCCCAGGACCUUUGCAAGAGGACUGAACUGGGGACGGCCGUCCCCGCUGCACGGCAAUGCUGGGCUGGAUCGAACGGGUGGUCCCACAGCCCCCAGCACAGAACCUGCCUGAGGAGAGCCCUGCGGCCCCACAGCCUGCCAAGGUGCCAGCAGGGAAGGCCAGCACAGGGGAUGCUGCGGAUGGCACGCAGGCUGUUAUCAAAGAAACAGAGAAGAAAGUGGAAUUUGCAGUCGCUGAGGACCCGGCCCCUGCAUCAGCAUCGGUGUUUGAGAGCGUGGGGAGCAGUGUGCUGUCCUGGAUCUCCCAGGGGCUGGAGAAGGUGGUCCCACAGCCAGCACCAGCUCCGGGGUCGCUGCAAGCGCUUGGGAAGAGCUUCGAGACCAGCGUUGAUGUCCCCGACCAGACAGAGGUGCAGGUCCUCAAGGAUGAGGAUGAGGAUGCUCUGGAGAUAACUCCCUUUGACCCCGAGGAGGAUGAGCUGGAUGGCUGCGAGCUGGAGGAUGGCUUGGACAUGGGCAUGGAGAGCUGGGCAGGAGCGCGCGUGCUGAGCUGGCUGGUGCAGGGCUUUGAGAGGAUGGUGCCGCAGCCAGAGGUGCCAAAAAGGCCCGAGCCGGAGCCGAAGGAGGAGCGGUGCAGUGCCACAGCAGGAGCAGGCGCAAAAGGGACUAAAAGUCGGGUGAAGCCCAAAGACAACAUCCCAGGAGUGGUGGAGCCGGCGGUGGGAGAAGGGCAGCCAGACCCAGGGACCACCACCCUCCUCCCUCGGUCCCUGGUUGGGGACAGCGGCAGCAUGUUUGGCUGGUUCGUCCAGGGGCUGGAGAAGGUGAUGCCACAGCCCGUGCCCAGGGAGAAGCAGGAUGUGCAGGGAGCAGCCACCACAGCCUUCAGCCCUGUGGAGGAAAUUCAUAUUGUCCCUGUGGAGCCCCAAGAGAUGGACCUUGUGCUGGAGGAGCUUGAUGAUGGCUGGAGAGCUGAAGGCAUGCAUGAAACAACGGGCUGGGAUGACAUAGCUGAGCUGGGAACACAGGGCUAUCCCCUUCCCCCCAUCGAGGAGGAGCUGCAAGAGGAGGAAACAAGGCUGUGGUCCUGCGCCCCGAGUGCAGCUGAAGAGCAGGAGGAGGAGGGAGAAGAGGAGAAGGAGGAGGAGGAGGAAGAGGAGGAGGAGGUGGAGGUGGAGGAGAGCACAGGGACCCUGCCCCAUUUCCUGUGCCCCUCCACAGAUGAGGGGCCAGAGGACACCUUCUAUGCAGAAGAGGCCCUCAGCUUUGCACGACGGGAAGAAGCUGAGAUAAGCGAUCUGGAAGGGGCUUUCAUACAGGUGCAAGAGCAGGCGGCGCAGGAAGAAACUGCAGGAGCAGACACUGCAGGGCUGAGGUGCUGCCCUGCUGUGGGCAUCGAGGACGUGGACGGUGGAGGUGACCCCGUGGAAGAUGAUGGCACCCGCUUGCCACUGCCCACCCCCGGCUCCCCACACAUGCUGGUGGUGCCUGGAGCCUCCCCCAGGAGGAAGGUGCCAGCCCCUGCAGAUGGCCUGGGAGAAGGGAACUGGGACGAGGAGCAGCGGGACAGCCUGCCUGAGCGCAUCGGCUCGGCCACCAGCCAGAGCAGUGCUGUCAUCCACGACCGCCUGCAGGAGCUGGUGAGGCUCUUCAAGGAGCGAACAGAGAAGGUGAAGGAGAAGCUGACUGACCCCGAUGUCACCUCUGAUGAGGAGAGCCCUACAGCAUCACCCUCCAAGCCAGCACCCACAGCACCACCCCCACCCCCGGGGGAUGCACAGGUGGGGGAAAAGCCAGCGGAGGAUGAGCACUACUGUGAGAUGCUGUGCUGCACCUUCAAGUGCCAGCCCUGGAUGGACCGCCUGAAAAGCUACCAGUUCCCCAGCAGCAUCGACCCACUCACCAAUCUGGUGUACGUGCUAUGGCUGUUCUUUGUUGUCCUGGCCUGGAACUGGAACUGCUGGCUGAUCCCUGUCCGCUGGGCCUUCCCCUACCAAACGCCAGCCAACAUCCACUACUGGCUGCUCAUGGACUACCUGUGUGACCUCAUCUACCUGCUGGACAUCGUCGUCUUUCAGACUCGCCUGCAGUUUGUCCGAGGAGGAGACAUCAUAAGCGACAAAAAGGCCAUGAAAGAGAACUACCUGCGAUCGCAACGCUUUAAGAUGGAUGUGGUGUGCCUCCUUCCCUUGGAUUUCUUCUACUUCAAAGUCGGUGUCAACCCUCUCCUGCGUUUUCCCCGCUGCCUGAAGUACCUGGCCUUCUUUGAGUUCAACAACCGCCUGGAGGCCAUCCUGAGCAAGGCGUACAUCUACAGAGUGAUUCGGACCACUGCCUACUUGCUGUACAGCUUGCAUGUGAACUCCUGCCUCUACUACUGGGCGUCAGCCUACGAAGGUCUGGGCUCCACCACCUGGGUCUACGAUGGGGAAGGAAACAGCUACAUCCGCUGCUAUUAUUGGGCAGUCAAAACCCUCAUCACCAUUGGGGGCCUGCCAGAUCCCAAGACGCUGUUUGAGAUCGUCUUCCAGCUGCUCAACUACUUCACGGGUGUCUUUGCUUUCUCUGUCAUGAUUGGGCAGAUGAGGGAUGUGGUGGGUGCUGCCACUGCCGGGCAGACGUACUACCGGAGCUGCAUGGACAGCACCAUCAAGUACAUGAACUUCUACAAAAUCCCCAGAACAGUCCAGAACCGGGUCAAAACGUGGUACGAGUACACGUGGCAUUCACAAGGCAUGCUAGACGAGUCUGAGCUGCUGGUGCAGCUGCCGGACAAGAUGCGAUUGGACAUCGCCAUCGAUGUGAACUACAGCAUCGUCAGCAAAGUGGCCCUCUUUCAGGGCUGUGACAGACAGAUGAUCUUCGACAUGCUGAAGAGGCUCCGGUCGGUGGUCUACCUGCCCAAUGAUUUUGUCUGCAAGAAGGGGGAAAUCGGCCGUGAGAUGUACAUUAUCCAGGCAGGACAAGUGCAGGUGCUGGGGGGACCUGAUGGCAAAACUGUGCUGGUGACACUGAAAGCUGGAUCGGUGUUUGGAGAAAUAAGCUUGCUGGCAGCUGGAGGAGGGAAUCGCCGAACUGCUAACGUUGUGGCUCAUGGAUUUGCCAAUCUUUUCAUUUUGGACAAGAAGGAUUUGAAUGAGAUUCUGGUGCACUACCCUGAGUCUCAGAAGCUGCUGCGUAAAAAGGCCAAGAAAAUGCUGAAAAACAAUAAUAAACCCAAAGAUGAGAAAGGAGGGCCUGGAGACCCGCUGAUCAUUCCCCCCAAAGCUGACACCCCCAAGCUUUUCCAGGCUGCUCUGGCUGCUGUGGGGAAGGCAGGAGGCAGAGGGCACCUGGCACAGCUGCGCUGGAAGCUGAGGCAGCUGAAGGCAAUGCAGGAGGCACAGGAUCCCAAUUUCAGUCCAAUACCACCAAAGUCACCGGUGCACCGGAGGUCACCCACUGCCUCCCCCAAGGCAAGGCCCCCUCCAGGAGAAGAGAUAUCCUCAAAAUCUGCUGAUAAUUUAGUCGCUAUCCGUGUGAUUCCAACAGCCCAGGAGGAUGAAGAGAUACUUGCUGCUGAGAUCUCAGAGAAAGAAGACGAGAAAGAAGACGAGAAAGAAGAGAAAUGAGAACAAAGCUGCUGUUGGGGCUGGUGGCACAAGUAGGAACUGGGCACAUGCCUUGGGUAGAAGCUUUCAGUCAUUAACUAUUCCUACAGAUUGGAAGUAGGCAUUGCUAAGUAGGUGCUGCAGGUGGGCUCUGCCUUUCUUCUCUGCUUAGACCUUCACCCACUGCCAACAGAACCCGGAGCUGUAUGAGGUGGUGAGGGAUGGGCACAGCUGCACGGGGUGGGGGUCACCAUCCCUGGGAGGGAUGUGGCACUGAGGGACAUGGUUUAGAUUGGCCACAUGUGUUGGUGAUGGUCUCAGACUAGAUGGUCUCAGUGGUCUUUCCAACCUUCGUGAUGCUAUGAUUUGAAGUUCUGUGCUCUGGAAACCUGUUCUAUUGAGCAUCUGUGUGCACGUUCCCUCUGAAUAUCAGGCCUGAGAUCUCACGGAGGGACAGCCCAGAAGAACUUGGCUUUUUAUGUCUCUGAAUGGUUAAUGAGUGCCUGCUCAGAUAAAGCAUGAAGAGUUUUUCACCUCCAAAGCUGAGUCACCCGAGGGAGAACAACAAGACUUCUCUGUUGGACCCAAGGUCGUCACAAGCAGUGGGAGCGUGACUCAUCUGGAAAGGAUCUGGGCUGCGAUCCGGAGCCAAGCACAGACUCAAAUCACCAUAGUGAGCACAUAGGGGGACCCCCCCGGCCUCACACUGCCAGCCAGCAGCUCCUGGGGGCGGAGGAGAAACCCAAACUUCAAGGAACUCCCACAUGCCCCGUGGGCACCUGCUGCUCUUAACAUCGCAGAGGAAACCCCAACCUCCUGCCCGCCUCCCUCUGUAUUUUGAGUCCUCAGCUAUUUGCACGUGGUUCCCUGCUGGGCAGAAGCAAAGUGCUUGGCGGUACAGAAAUACCUCCAUAAACAAACCAGGAAACGUGGCAAAGUCAGGCUGAUGUGCUGCUGUGAUUUGAUAUGGUUUAGUGGAACAGUUUACAUUGGUAGUGCUCUGUAACAGCUUUCAUCAUCCACCCUAUCUACAAUAAACACACUUAGG